CGACGUCAUUACGUCGUCGGAGACGUUGGAAACAUGGCUGCCCGCUACGAGUCGAGACGUUUCUCUCAGUUUUAAAUAUUUAAUAUUACCUUCUGAGCGAUAAUAUGGACGAGGUAGAGAAAAUGGUUCCAUCUGCUGAGGAAAAAGAAAAAGAGGAGGAGGAGAUCGAGGAGGAAGAAGAAGGAGAGGAUGAUGCUGGAGGUGAGGAAGAAGAGGAAGAUGACGUAGAGCAGGAAGGUGGAGAUGAUAAGGAAGAAGAAGAAGCAAUUCCACAGGCUGCAGAUGAAAUUGAGAAAAGGAUCCCAUUGCCUGUUCAGCCCAAAGAGAAAAAGCAGCCUGAGGGCCUGAACCUCAACAAUGAGGUGGUGAGGAUGAGGAAGGAGGUGAAGAGGUUGAGGGCUUUGAUCAUCAGGAAGCUGACACGCCAGAUGGGCGCCCUGAAGAAGAAGAAGGGGAAAGAUAUGGAAGUUGAAAGGAAUCAGAGGAGAGCUGCCAGACUGCUGGAGGAGAUCCAUGCCAUGAAGGCCCUCUCGCCAGACCUGGUAACCAAGACAGCCUUGCAGAAGAAGCUCAACUUCGAACAGGAGUGCAAAAACCCCAAGUCUACUAUUUCUGACCGGGCCAUAGCGCGCAUCGCCACCCACCCUCAGUUCAACAAGAAGAUUGAGGACAUCAAAGCUGCUGUGAAAGCCUUCAAAGACGAGCGGAUGAAGGGUGGGAAGCUGGUAGUGAAGGAAAAAGUGCAAAAUAAAGCUGUAACGGUAACUGCGCAGUCACCACCAAACAAAAAGGGAGAAAGGAAGAGUGAGAAAGAAGAGGGAGACGUUACAGUGGAGCAACAGGAAAUCGCAGUCAAUGAGGAAGGAGAUAUUAUCCUCAAAGACACUAAAGAUGCAACUGUUGCUGAGCCUGAAAAGGCAACAAGGGAAGCAACUCAUUCAGCUGAUACUACUAAAAUACCUGAGUCUAAGAAUGUAAGACCACCAGCAUCUAUAAAAAGUAGUGAAGUUAAGGACAUUGUGAAAAAUAAACCUCAAAGUAAAGAUGCAGAAAAGAAACCCAGUCUUAAGUCUGCACCUGAGGUGCUUCAGAAAAAGAAAGUGGAGGUAGAGAGUGAUUUAGAUUCAUCAGAUGAUGAAGAGAAAGAGUACUUUGACGACAGCACAGAGGAACGUUUCCAUAAGCAGUCCUCCCAGUCUGAGGAGAGCGACGACGACGACUUCUUUGUUGGAAAAGUGAGCAAAUUCAAGAAGAAGAAGCAGAAAAGUGUAGAAGGGGAGAAGGUGCAUGAAGUGAAGGCGGACCCAACAGACCAGGUCCAGAGUAAACUUGAUGAGCUUGAGGCCAGGCUGAAGUCUAAAGCGACCUCCCUUCAGUCUGUAUUUUGUUCUUCCCUCUCUGUAUCUAAGCCUGGUGGGGGCAGAGGUGCAGGCAGAGGGAGAGGUGGGGAUAAAUUUAGGGGCCAAGGCAAACCAAGGGGUGGCGGUGGUCUCAACAGAGAUUUUAAUAAACAAUCCAAGUUCCAAAAUCAGGAGAAAGGAACGGAAAGAUAUUCAGGGUCCAAGUACAACAAGUCAGAGUCAUCAGAGAAGGGCUUCCCCUCUGUCGGCAGAGGCAGGGGGCGAGGCAGGGGGGAUGUAAGGCAAAGUGACCGCAGGGGUGGAGGUGUCUUUUCCCAUCAGGCACCACAGCAGGCACUGCAUCCAUCCUGGGAGGCCAGUAAGAAAAGGAAGGAGCAGCAAGGACAAAUCCUGGCCUUCCAGGGGAAGAAGAUCAAGUUUGACGAUGAUGACUGAACCUUUUUGUUUAUUAAUGCUGAUUAUAUGGCAGUGAUUGUUUUUAUCUGGCACACUAUUGAAGUCACGGUCACUUAUUCCGUUUGAUGCUCAAUCUGAGUACAGUUCAGUGUUGCAUCCGCAUGUCUGCUAAAAGACCACAACCCUGGAGAUUUUUUUUGUAAAACAUCAAUAGAAAUAUGUUUUAUUAUUACUAAAUGUGAUUUAAUUCUAAGCAGUGAAAUGCAUCACCCGAAGCAUGUCAUUUUUUUAAACAAGUUUGAGGAAGAAUAUUGUUUGAUUUAUGUAUCAACCUGUACACAAUUUUCCUGCUUUGUCCAAAAUGGUGUCAGUUCAGUGUUGCAUAGUACACAUCCUCUGAAACUGAUAUAUUUUGAUACACAUGCUUAUUGAUUAUCUUCUGCAGCAAGACCUUCAACCUGUGUUUUGUACCUGUCCCUCACCACUGUAUGUGUUUAAACAGUAAAACGUUUAUAUUGUA